UUGACGUAAUAGCCGGAAGUAAAACGAAAGCCAUUGAUUAGAACACUAUUGUCAAACAAAACCCAGAGAAGAUUGUGUUGGCCCAACCUAAAUUUUUAUUUGUUCAUUAACUUCAUCUACUUGAAGAUGAAACAGAGUGGUCAGUUGCCUGCUGGGGUAGACCCUCGUUCAUUUAGAUGCUGCUUUUGCUGCCAUGUUAAAACAGGAACGUUGUUUUAUGGAAUAGUUAUUGCGCUGAUUCAUGUUGUUUUUCUGGGAUUCCUGGUACUUGCUGCAAUCCACCCAGACAUUUUAGUGCCUGAUAACCAGCAGCCCUAUGAUGGAAUCAUUGUUGUGCAAACAGAAAAUGGAAACUUCAUCCAAAAUUUCGGUAAUCAAGCUGGAAAACAGCAGAUCAGCAAAGACAAUCUUUGUGUUAUGUUUGGAAUAACACUUGUGUGUCUGGUGUCAACCAUAGCACUUGUCUAUGGAGUUGCUAGGAAUUUGGCAAGUUAUUUGAUGCCCUUCUUCUGCCUGCAAGUUUUCGAUUUCUGUCUGAGCUGUCUGACUGUUGUAGGAUGCUUCACAUAUGCCCCUAACAUUAAGCAAUGGAUUCAUGAUCAAGGACUGGAAAACUUGCCAUUCAUGAACCGCCUGAUGUGCUUGGACUCAGACUAUCUCAUGCUUUUGUUUGUCACCUGCCUCAUUCUGGUCCUCUCUGUUAAGGCUUACCUUAUUGGCAUGGUAUGGUCCUGCUACAAGUACAUCCAGUAUCAUGUGGCUUCUCGCAGUGUGGUCAGGGAAUACUCUGUUGAUCCUGACACUGAGAUGCUUCUCCCUCCAUGCUAUGAGGAAGCCAUCAAGGUCCCCAGCACCUAUCCUCAGCCCCCUGCAUACAACAGUCAGUAAAGCUGAGCAUCUACUAUUUAUGCAGAUUUUUUCUAACUAGCCCUGCAUAUUUAAAGAACUAAUCAUGCCUUUUGUUCUGUUUUAGAGGUUUAAAAAGAAAUAUUUGGUGUGAUUCAGAUUAAAUUAACAACCUUUGUGAAGAAACUGUUGACUAAAUUUAUUCUGGAAUAGAAUACAUUUGUGUAUCUAGCCUACUGUUCCAUACAUUUUGGCUUUGAUUAUAAGAACCUUUAAAUUGCUUGUAGGAUGAUUUGAUUCUAUCAGGGUUGCUUUAACUUUCAAACUUUGGGAACAUUUCAUCAUUUUCUUACUGGUUGUAAAGUUCACAUCCAAUGUAUUUGUAUAUAAUGGUAACCUAAGGAGUUUUCAAUAUUUUCUAUCUAGCUUAGUUUAGCACUUGUACAUGUUUACCAACACUGGUUGCUUCGUCAUGGCUAUAAUCCUGCUGUACAUCCCAUGCAAGAAUACCUAGUUUGGAUUGGUUUGUUUCCUGUGUUUGGUACACAUUUGUGGGACGUGUUUAUUUAGCCCCCAUCUUUUAACACAGACCCUCAAUCUUCACUUGUUAAAUUGUGCCCUAAACUAAGUUAAGUCUUUUAAUUUAAAAAAAAACCUAUUAAAAUUUUAAAUACUUUAUAACAACUGGGUUUUUUCUUUCUAUUUUUCUUCUUCAAAGUUGCCCAUCUCUAUUUGAACAGUGACAAAAUUCUGGAAUAAUAUUGUUAGUCCCAUUUCUUCUGUAACGGUGAAUUGUUUUUUUUACAAUCCUUUUAUUAUUCAAUGUGUCUCAUGUAGUCUUAUCAGGUGACAUUUUUACACUCCGCUUUCAAUGUGUGACGCAAAAUUAAAAAAAAAUAUUUGACAACUCGUUAUAUUUAAUUAAAACUUAUUGUUUAGUUGUAAUACAUUUUGUGCAUCGUUUUGUUUUAUUUUUAUUUGGUUGUUUUUUUUGUGUUGAAAUGUAAUCCAAUAUUUCUGUGAUGUCCAGACCGCUAAACUCAUGCCAAUACAUUUCUCUUCGUUUUGAAAAUACCUUGCAAUCUAUUUUUUCUUAAACACUUGUGCUAUCUUACACUAGCCCAGAAUUGUCUUAUCAGUAUUUAUUU